GCUCCCGAGAAGAGGGCGGAGGAGAAGAGGAAGGAGGUGGACGCUGGGCCCCGUCCCCAUUCAUUGCCGCGGUCAGUCGGGCGGGGGUCUGGUGUUUUGGGGAUUAUGGAGGCGCUAAUUCCUGUCAUCAAUAAGCUUCAGGAUGUCUUCAACACGGUGGGCGCCGACAUCAUCCAGCUGCCUCAGAUCGUCGUUGUAGGAACGCAGAGCAGUGGAAAGAGCUCAGUGCUAGAAAGCCUAGUGGGGAGGGACCUGCUUCCCAGAGGUACUGGUAUUGUCACUCGGAGACCACUCAUUCUGCAACUGGUCCAUGUUUCACCAGAAGAUAAACGAAAAACAACAGGAGAAGAAAAUGACCCUGCUACAUGGAAAAACUCAAGACACCUUUCUAAAGGGGUAGAAGCAGAAGAAUGGGGUAAAUUUCUUCACACCAAAAAUAAGCUUUACACAGAUUUUGAUGAAAUUCGACAAGAAAUUGAAAAUGAAACAGAAAGAAUUUCAGGAAAUAAUAAGGGAGUAAGCCCUGAACCAAUCCAUCUUAAGAUUUUUUCACCCAACGUUGUCAAUUUGACACUUGUGGAUUUGCCAGGAAUGACCAAGGUGCCUGUAGGAGAUCAACCUAAGGAUAUUGAGCUUCAAAUCAGAGAGCUCAUUCUUCGGUUCAUCAGUAAUCCCAAUUCCAUUAUCCUCGCUGUCACUGCUGCUAAUACAGAUAUGGCAACAUCAGAGGCACUUAAAAUUUCAAGAGAGGUAGAUCCAGAUGGUCGCAGAACCCUAGCUGUGAUCACUAAACUUGAUCUCAUGGAUGCGGGUACUGAUGCCAUGGAUGUAUUGAUGGGAAGGGUUAUUCCAGUCAAACUUGGAAUAAUUGGAGUAGUUAACAGGAGCCAGCUAGAUAUUAACAAUAAGAAGAGUGUAACUGAUUCAAUCCGUGAUGAAUAUGCUUUUCUUCAAAAGAAAUACCCAUCUCUGGCCAAUAGAAAUGGAACAAAGUAUCUUGCUAGGACUCUAAACAGGUUACUGAUGCAUCACAUCAGAGAUUGCUUACCUGAGUUGAAAACACGAAUAAAUGUUCUUGCUGCUCAAUAUCAGUCUCUUCUAAAUAGCUAUGGUGAACCUGUGGAUGAUAAGAGUGCUACUUUACUCCAGCUUAUUACCAAGUUUGCCACAGAAUAUUGUAACACUAUUGAAGGAACUGCAAAAUAUAUCGAAACUUCAGAACUAUGCGGUGGUGCUAGAAUUUGUUAUAUUUUCCAUGAGACUUUUGGUCGAACCUUAGAAUCUGUUGACCCAUUAGGUGGCCUUAACACUAUUGACAUUUUGACUGCUAUUAGAAAUGCUACUGGUCCUCGUCCUGCUUUGUUUGUGCCCGAGGUUUCAUUUGAGUUAUUGGUCAAACGACAAAUCAAACGUUUAGAAGAGCCCAGCCUCCGUUGUGUGGAACUGGUUCAUGAGGAAAUGCAAAGGAUCAUUCAGCACUGUAGCAAUUAUAGUACACAGGAAUUGCUACGGUUUCCUAAACUUCAUGAUGCCAUAGUUGAAGUAGUGACUUGUCUUCUUCGCAAAAGGUUGCCUGUUACAAAUGAAAUGGUCCAUAACUUAGUGGCAAUUGAAUUGGCUUAUAUCAAUACAAAACAUCCUGAUUUUGCUGAUGCUUGUGGGCUAAUGAACAAUAAUAUAGAGGAACAAAGGAGAAACAGGCUAGCAAGAGAAUUACCUUCAGCUGUAUCACGAGACAAGUCUUCUAAAGUUCCAAGUGCUUUGGCACCUGCCUCCCAGGAGCCCUCCCCUGCUGCUUCUGCUGAGGCUGAUGGCAAGUUAAUUCAGGACAGCAGAAGAGAAACUAAAAAUGUUGCAUCUGGAAGCGGUGGGGUUGGAGAUGGUGGUCAAGAACCAACAACAGGAAACUGGCGAGGAAUGCUGAAAACUUCAAAAGCAGAAGAGUUAUUAGCUGAAGAAAAAUCAAAACCAAUUGCAAUUAUGCCAGCCAGUCCACAAAAAGGUCAUGCUGUCAAUCUGCUGGAUGUGCCGGUUCCUGUUGCACGAAAACUAUCUGCCCGUGAACAGCGAGACUGUGAAGUUAUUGAACGACUCAUCAAAUCAUAUUUCCUAAUUGUCAGAAAGAAUAUUCAAGACAGUGUGCCAAAGGCAGUAAUGCAUUUUUUGGUUAAUCAUGUGAAGGACACUCUUCAGAGUGAGUUAGUAGGACAACUGUAUAAAUCAUCCUUAUUGGAUGAUCUUCUGACUGAAUCUGAGGAUAUGGCACAGCGUAGGAAAGAAGCAGCUGAUAUGCUAAAGGCAUUACAAGGAGCCAGUCAAAUUAUUGCUGAAAUCCGAGAGACUCAUCUCUGGUGAAAAGAACUAUGUAACACUGAGACUGUUGACUCAAAACCUGCUAGUUACUGCCUACUUGAGUAGAAUUUUAUUUAUGAACUCCUGUGUAUUGCAAUGGUAUGAAUCUGCUCAUGUGAAGAUUGGCUAUACACUGAAAAAUAUACUCUGCAUUACAGAACAAAUCACACAUUUAAUCCAAAUAAUAAAUGGCUGUUUCUAAAGUUUCACAGUAUAUGUACAUAUAUAUAUAUAUAUAAUCUCUCUUUCUCGUGACAGUUUCAUUUGAAGAACUGUUGGUGUUCUAGUUGUACAAAGCAGUUUGCCUGUGGGUAAAGAUGAUCUGUGUAGUCUUUGUUAGUAGUCUUAAAGCUGCUGCAAUAGUUCUUUAAGAAGAAAACACGAAAACAUUUCAUGAGACUUAUAAUGCAUGCACUGUAUAAACUGACCUGGCUUUGAAAGAUGUGGGUUGGCAAGUUCCUCACAUAGUCACUGUAUUCCACCUGUCCUUCAACUUAGUUUUUAAAUAACUAUGCAGCUGCAGCCUUUGCUGUGUUAAUAAGAAAGCUGAAUGCACAAGAGGAUCUGGAAUACUGAUAAAGAUGCAGGGUACAUAUUGUGUAGUUACAUAGCCUUUCCACUUCUGGGUCCACACUGCCUAAUGCAUUAAAUAUUAAACUUAGACCUGAAAAAUAAUUUUCUACAUUGAAACCUUAUGGACUUGAAUUACUUCAUAGACUUAGUAAUGAUGGCCAGUUCCUUUCAGUUUUAGAAGAGCCAAUGACAAUUAAUUAAAUUCCCCUUACUUUGCAAAUAAAGUAGUAGUAGUUCAGAUACAUCUCUAAAAUGGGGCACUGACAUCAGGAUCCAAGAUUCACUUAAAAUAGACUGAUUUUUAAGCCCCACUUCAAUUUGUCGGUAAUAGGUACUUUUGGUCUAAUACCAACAAAAUACAUUAGAAUAGUGAUAUAAAAAUGCUGAUGGAACUUCGUUAUUUAAAGAAAAAUACACAGACACACACGCUCCUAAAGGCAUAUAGGAUAUAUGCAUUCAGGGGGUGAGAGUGAGGUUCACAAUAUAUUUAGUGAAAAUUGGCCAGGUGACUCUUGGUAUGAACUACAACAUUAAAAAUUUCAAGAUAUGUAGAAAUUCUUAAGACCUAUAGCUCCAUCUAACAGAUAACACAAUAAGUAAAAUUGCAAAUAUUAAACUUUCUUUUCAGGUUAUGAAGGAUUUACUGGCAGGAAAGAUAUGGUAUGUUAACUUAUGGUACCCAUUUAACUGAGAAACAACAGGCUUGCAACUGAUGGAUCCCAUACAUACAUAUAUAAAAUAACAAUUAAAAUCAGCCUGACAUAUGGUACUACUUUCAAUCUGUUUACAGUACCAGCUUGACAGUGGAUGCAUGCUCCCAAAAUGUUAGCACUCUCAAAACCAAAAUCACUUUUGUCACUGUAAACAUCAUUUUGAAAUUAUAGCCACCCAUGAUUUUUUUCCAGACAGAUGACUAUCAUUGUUGCCUUUUGAAUUUGUAAGAGAAAAAAAAAAAUUUACAAUGCACCUUUCUCCAGCACAGAUUACAAACUGAAAAUGUUAGCUUUAAAACAUGCUAUGGUAAUGCACUUGCUAGUAUACUACACAUUUUGUAUAACGGAAAAAAGAGGCAAGAAACUUACGGAAAGAAAGCAAGCCUUCCUUUGUGGGCCCUUAAACUGAGUGAAGUUUCUAAAGUGUGGAGAUGAUCUUUGGCAUAUUUAUAAAAGAUACCUGUAUGUUUUUGCUGUGUAAAUAAAAUUGCUGGUAUGAAAUGAUAUUUAAAAAGUUGGUCAAUAAAUGAAUUCUUUCUAACUUGUCUCAGAGAAAGGUUUAACUAGAGUUCUAAACUAGAUUUAAAGCUAAACAGUACAAUUUACAUUGCAACUAAGGUUUUAUGAGUUUUUCCUAUUAUUCUCUCACAAUCACCAUUACAUCUCCAUUUCUGCUUAUGGAGACAGUGACUUGUGCACCAAGUAAUCCAGGUAGUGGAUAGCUGGAAUCUGAACACAAAAGCCAAGGUUUGUAGUCUCUAAGGUUUUCAGAAGAAUUCUGAUCAUUUUGUGUGUUUCACUUGAUCCUUGUGGAAAUGAGAGUGCUAUCACCUUGAUUUUUCAGAUGUGGAAACAGUUCUGGAGAAUUAAUUUACCUAAUGUAUCCAGAGCUGAACUAAGUCCUGAUUCUAAAUUCUUUUAAGUCUGACCUGAAAAUUUCCCUUACCUCGGUGUCUUAAUGUUCUCACAAGAUUGCAUUUUUUGGUGAAAUAUUUAUAUUAUUUAUUUGUUUUUUUAAGUUUGCUGUUUACUUCAAGUUACAAUCUUCCUGGGGACAAAAAUUAAAA